AUGAGAUAUCUCAUUGAUGAGUAUAACUGCGAUCCAGUGGAUACUUCAUAUAGAGCAGAUACUGUUCUUCACAGGGCAGCUGCUUGUAAAUCACUCGAUGCCAUGAAGUACUUGAUUAAUCAUCAUCACUGUGAUCCAAUAGCAACUAACAAUGAGGAUAAGACUGUUCUUCAUAUAGCAGCCAUUAGGAACAUCUCACCUGAUGUAAUCAAAUACCUAAUCAAUGAGUGUAACUGUGAUCCAAUGGCUGUUGACAAGGAGCAGUGGACACCACUUCACUGGGCUGCUUAUUGGGGUCGUUCUGCAGUUGUUGAAUGUUUACUAUCAACUGGUAAAUGUGAUCCAUUGGCUAAAGACAAUAAGGGAAAAACACCAUUAGAACUAGCUAAAGACAGGCAACAGAGAGAUAUUAAAGAUCUUGUUACUAUCAUUGAAGAGCUAACAAUACUUAAUCAAUUGGAUUGCACUAAAUGGAUUCAGUUUGGACUUCAUUUAGGAUUAUAUGAUCCUAGACUAAAGACUAUAGAAACUGACUAUAAAGGAAAGACAGUGGAGUGUUUCCAUGAGUGGUAUGGCUGGCUAAAUGUUACAAAAGAUCUCGUUACUAAAUAUCACUGUGACCCACAGGAAAGGGGUGAAGGUGAUAGUUGUCUUCAUUGGGCUGCAUGUCACUGUGAUCCAAUGGAGACUGAUAAGUAUGGAGAUACUGUUCUUCACAAAGCAGCUAAUAAAGGAUCACUUGAUGUCUUGAAGUAUCUCAUUAACGAGUGUCAAUAUAAUCCAAUGGCUACUGACCCUAACAGCAUGACAAUUCUUCAUAAUGCAGCUAUAAGCAACUCACCUGAUGUAAUCAAGUAUCUAAUCAAUGAGUGUCACUUAGAUCCAAUCACUGUUAACUGGAUGGGGCAGACACCUCUACACAUUGCUGUUGAUAAGGGUUAUUCUGCAGCUGUUGAAAGUUUACUAUCAACUGGUAAAUGUGAUCCAUUGGCUAAAGACAAUAAGGGGAAAACGCCAUUACAACUAGCUAAAGAGGAAGUGAUUGAAAUAAAGUCUGAAGUAUUCAACAAAGACACUACAAUAAAGCUAGAGCUAACAAUACUCAAUCAUUAUGGUUAUUCUAACUGGUAUGAGUUUGGACUUCACUUAGGAUUAUAUGAUCCAACACUAAAUGCUAUUAAGAAGGAUCAUAAAGAAUGCAAGCCAUGUCUGAUACAGUAUGGACUGUCAAUAUGA